AUGUAUCCGGCCACAUCUUCGACACCAAUUCUGUUUCCUAGGAGCACUAUUGGUUCUCCGUUAAGUCCUUUCGCGCCCAAGUGUGAUCUCGAGCUCAGUUUAAGUUUUUCUCGGCAAGACGAAAGUGAGGUCAGUGUUUGUGCCUUAGGAUACCUUCCGGCUGAAUCAGUGUCGAAAACAUACUCCGUGGAUGAAAUUUGCCAGAAAACUGCUCUGCCCGGUAGAAGAUCAAUUAACAUUCGAAAGUCAAGUUCGACUGGACUGUUGACGCCAAAUGAGGCGGAUAGUGUUAUGAAAAGUUGUAGUUGGAUUCGAUCGAUCAAACUGGCUAGUGAUAUAAGAAGUUAUAAUGCCCUGCUAGAGUUAACUCCAAGCCAUUUAAUUAGGUUGCGACUGACAAGGGACGUCACUGCAGAUGAAGAACUAAGAAUGUGGUUUUCAGAGGAUAUUACUGCAUAUAUGCAAAUUCCGUUUUUAACACCCGGAAACAUUCAAAGACAAAACUGCUACGUGUGCCACAUUUGCCGGAAAUCGUACGAGUACCCCAACCCGCUGAAAAUCCACAUUGCAACCAGUUGCGAUCAGCAUCCAGUGAGCAUUCUCUGGCAGCGAUUACUAAACAGUGUAUCACGCUACGGCAGUUUAAGUUCGGACUGUGACUUUCAGCCGUGGCGAAGUUCGGCCUUCCGCCCCGUUCUGACUUCCAAUGCUAUUAAAGCGGAGCUUUCACCACCACUUCCUAUUCCACCCAUUAACAAAUCACCACCGAUUCAGCAAACUCCACACCAUCACCUGCACCAUCGUCAUCACCACCAUCAUCAUCCGCUGGUCGACGAUUCGACGAUGGUGACGGCUGCCCAUCUGGAAACGAUCGUCAGCAAUAUGGGUUCCUCGAAACAAGGUCACAUCUGCAUUUACUGCGGGAAGCUGUACUCGCGAAAGUACGGCUUAAAGAUCCACAUUCGAACCCACACCGGUUUCAAGCCGCUUAAGUGUCAAUACUGUUUCCGACCCUUUGGGGAUCCCAGUAAUUUGAACAAACACAUACGUCUCCACCGGCAGCACGACAGUUCCUUGUACGAGUGCAACCUAUGUGGGAAGAAGCUGGCCCGCAGAAGGGAUUUGCAGAGGCAUCUACAAUCCCGGCACAACAGUAAUCAGGUGAUAGAAAGUUCUACCUCCGAAGAGGAUGAAAGUGAAGUGGUUUGA